AUGACUCCGCAACUACUUAAAAUUCUAUACACAGACUUUGUAGGACCAGCCAGCAAUCAAUCAUUAAGAAUAGAUAUUGAUAAAAUCGAGAAAGUACAAAGAAGAGCUACCAGUUUAAUACCUUCGUACCGUCAUAUGUCAUACAAAAAUCGUCUGAGUAUAAUAAACUUAACUUCUUUAGAAACCCGUCGCAUUAGGGAAGAUCUGAUACAGGCCUAUAAAAUUAUUAACAAUAUAGACAUUGUCUCAUGGAGUGAACCCCAUGUUCUUUGUGUUGGGAAAUCAAAUAAAAUAAAAACUAGAGGACAUCAUCUAAAAAUGACUAGAGAAUAUGUACGAAAUUGCGAGCAAAGGCACCAGCUUUUUACUAAUCGAAUAGUGAAUCAUUGGAAUGCAUUGCCGUUAGAAGUUGUAUGCGCUUUAUUAGUUAACAGUUUCAAGGAAAAAUGA